AUGCAGUUCAACUUUAUCCUUAGUACUGUCCUUUCUCUGACAGCUGCGACAACCGUCAAUGCCGCCCGCAAGGCUAAUGAAUUCAGCAGUGGUAACUGUGCCCAAGGAACGGCGUCUUAUGAGCACCAUGGCAACCACAAUGUCCAUGUCACGAUGGACGAUACUAGCAACUCUGUUUACUUAGGUGAUGGUCCGUGGUACUACUACAGCGGCAAGAGCAAGAAUGGCGGUGUUUGUACCGGCGAUCUCAUUGGUAGCUGGCAAAACGAUGCCAAGCAUCCUUGUGUCAACUUGAACUGGCGAUCUGAAGGAGAUUCUCGCCGUAUCAACUACAUUAUAAACUUCGAUGCCAAUGUUGUCAAGAUCAAGUAUGCGCCAACCCUAAACAGGUGCCUCUUACUCCGCCAUCAGAUACCUACUAUCAUCGUCAACCCAAGACACUAUUUCCCGAACCCAGAGAUUUCUUGGUACUACAGAAGAAGCGAGGAGUAG